CAAGUAGUUUUUCCACAGUAAUGAUGGCAUACAUUUGAUUACACCACAUGACCAUGUGCCUUCCAUUUCAAGGCGUAUACGUAACAGGAAGGACCCCCAACGGUUUUGAAACGGAAGUGGAAAUUUUCUAAAAUUCAAAAAAGUGACUGGGUGCACCCCUGUUCUGUGUGCCCCAGCUCAAUGUACAUCCCCCUUAAGUCUCUGAGAGAAAAAGAAAGUAACCCAAAAGGCCAAGGAGUGAAAUGAAACCCCUAGCUCUUUAUUCAUCUUCUUCUUCUUCUCCAAUAUUCUUCGUCUAUUGCUGGCCUUUGUAAUCAUGAGUCUUUGUGCCAUCAUUGCUAUCAAAAGCCUCUCUCUCUCUCUCUCUCUCUCUCUCUCUCUCUCUCUCUCUCUCUCUCUCUCUCUCUCUCAUGUGAAGAUACAAACACAAUAUCACAGCUAGCUAGCUAUAUGGCUCUUCACUCACAAAGUUUCCUAUUUAAAGUGUAAGAACCUAUCUCUUUAAAGCCACCUUUUUUUUGUUCUUUCUCAAAGCUUUUCAUUCAUUCAUCUCUUUAAAAAGAAACCCAAGGUCUCUUCUAUUGCAAGUCUUUUCUCAAAAUAGAGGAACAAAGAUGUGCUUUAACUCUUCAUCCAUCCUACGUAGUCCCUUGCAUUCUGCUUUUUGCCAUCCACGGCCGUCAAAGAGACAGAACCUUCGACUUGGCCGGCUUUGCAGGAGAAAAAGACUUUUGAAAGAAGCAAAAGAGAAGAAAAGGGCGAGGGUGGUGAUCAUGAAGGCAGAGAUGGAACUCAAGAACUUGAAAUUGUACAUGGAGAACCGGAGCAUCAUAGAAGAGAACGAGAAGCUGAAAAAGAAGGCUCUGCUUCUUCACCAAGAGAACCAGGCCCUGUUAUUUCAGCUCCAAAUUAAAAAAAGCUCUCUCAAGACCAACAGCGACAUCAAUCGCUGAUAUGAAUAUAUGCAGAAACAAAAAGAAUAGGAAGGAAUAGGAGCCUGAGCUAGCCUCGAUCAGUUCUUUGAUCUUUAGGGGGGAGUCUCAACUUCUCUAUAUAUAUCUCCUUUUUUUCUUUCUUUUUUUUGGUUUUCUUUGGGGUAUAUUAAGUUUCUUUAAAUAAUUAGGGUGGGAAAGAAUAAUAGGAAAUGGGUUUAUUAGCCUUUUAUUAUGAGCAUGAUAAUGCAGAAUGAUUCCACUUUGUGUAUUUUUUUUAUGGGUAUUAUUACAGGGAAUAUGGUGUAGAAUACUACCACUAUGCAUGCAGUGGUUCCAUAAAAUCUUGUGCUAUUGAGCUUUUAGAGAGAGAGAGAAAGCAUGCAUUGAAUGAUGGAUUAAUUAGCAGAUAAGAAAUCCUGUUUUGGCUCGACAUUAAUAUAAUGAAUAACAUUUCUACAGUAGCAAAAAAAAAAAAAUCUACAAUUAAUUUGAAGUCUUGAAGAUCAUCAAGCACAUGAAA